AUGCUACGAAAUUAAAAUUCAUGGCUUACACUGUAAAAAGGAUUUAAAUGUUCGUUAGAUUCAGUCCAGUAAAAAUAUUGUUUCACGGUAUUGUUAGGCAGGAAAUUGAAGAUUGAGCAUGCAAACAAUGCAGUAAGGUUUCAAAGAGAAUAUACCAAAGUUUGGAUGGUGGAAAUAAUUCAGAAAAGUGUAUUUAAGAGUCUUUGGAAAUGUCGAGCGAGCAGGAUCAAGAAAAGCCCCUUUCAACGGACACUAAGGAGCCAAACACUACGGUAGAUAUGAACCAAAUACAAAAUGAUAAUAUUGAUAAGUCAUUGAAAGCAAUAAAUAGCUACCAAAGCGGAUCUAAUGGCGACAGCCAGGGCGGGAAUACGCUAACAAAUGAGAGUGAAGAUCAGAAAAGUCAUUCGGAAGAAUUAUCCACUGGAAAAAGGUCUUCUAUCGAAGUGUCAGGUCAAGAAUUAUCAGAGUCUCCCGAUUCACAGAAGUUAAAUGCCGAGGAAAUUAUUGCACCGCAAAGUAAUAAUAACGGUCUGGAAAACGGUGACAACAGUGCAUUUAAAGAGGAUAUUUCUGAAAAGGACGGUAGUCCACGGGAAUUAGGUAACGGUGGUAGUAAGGGUGACGAAAAAUUACUCAACGAGACUGAAGACAGUGUAGAUAUUGCGAACAAAAGAGAAGUAGAAAGUGAGAUAGGUGAUAAAGUGAAUACGGAAAAAUCACAAACAAACGUAGACGAACAUGAUAAAUCAGUAGAAAAAGAGGAAUCCAAUACCUUUAUAACCAACCUUCCCGCUGACGAGUACGCGGACAAUACCACAGAGGAAUUUGGAAAUAAGGAUAAAGCUUUAGAUAACGACGAGAGAGAACCACAAGGGCAACCCGAAAACAGUGAGCAAAACAACACACAAACAGAAAAUAUAACACAACAAGACGAUUUCUAUGACGAAUCGCCACAGAAAUCUGUUCCGAGUGAGAAUUCAGAAACAAAAGACAAAGAAUUAAUUCACGAAUCAAAUACAGGAGGUAAAGAGGGAGGUGGCGAUCGUGCGGAGUAUUUGACGACUGGUCAGCAGAAUCCAACCGACGUGACCGAUGGAAACACCGAAGACGUAUUGAAAACCAAUACGGUAUCAGAUCCAAGGGAACAAAAGGAGGGUGUUCAAGAAGAAGCGUGUGUUUCUGACCGUGAACAAGAGAAAUCUGAAAAAGACAAGGAAGAAACGAAAAUUUCUGAACGUGAACAAGAAAAAUCAGAUAAGAGUUCGUUAAAGUCAGUGAAUAAGGAAGAGGCAAAUCUUAGUGAAGAACCAAAAGCUGAAACUAAAGAAGAAACGAAGCAGGCGUCUAAAGUGUCCAGUGAGUCGUACGCUGAAGGUGAUCAGUCUUCCUCCAGUUCUAGUACAAAACAGGAUGACACACUGGCUGAUGUUGAUCCAUUAGAAACUCUCGCCGAGACACCCGUUAAAGCAGAUAAAGAAGGUAUAGAGUCAGAAAUGACGAAGUCAGAGGUAGAAAGAUCAGCAGACGACAAUGCUCGUGCUGAUGACGUAUCAAAACGUGUAAUCAACGAUGAUACAGACAACGAGGCUGAUGACCUGAAAUCGGAAGAAGUCACACAGACGAAGGAAAGUAAUAACAACAUGGAAGAAAUAGUUCAGAGAGAAUCUUCUGAAACCCAAAACGAACCUAAAGAUGACAGUAAACAAACUGAUAAUGAUGACGAUGGAUCCCCAAAAGAAGUUUCAGACAGCACAAAUAUCAACAAGAACACUGAACAGGGAGAAAUUAACGAGGUUGAAGCCGUCCAGAGGAAAGAUGGAGACGAUAAAGAAGAAAACGAAGAAAAGGACCCCGAGAAGGAAGAUAAAACACCUGAUGAUGUGGAGGAAUCGGUUACCAAUGAAAAUGCUGAACAGCCGAUCACACAUGAAAGUCCAAAGGAACCGGAAGAAAAUCAUGUAGUAAGAGAACCGACGCCGGAGCCGGAGCCUGAACCUGAGCCAGUCAAGGUCUUUCGUAAUAUUGACAUAGACAAUGCAGUAACAACCAUCCAAGACACAGAAGGACCUCUCAAGAAUCUGUUAAGUGACAUGAAGGAGCUCUUGACAAACUAUCAAGACAAGCUAAAUUCAGAAAUGCUAUCCGACUUUACCAAAGAUUUGGAUAAAUUCAGAGGGGACUUCGCAUCGUUGAAGGAUGCAUUUCAUUAUAGUGAAGAACUGUUUCAUUAUUUCAACAAGAACUUGAAAGAGAUUAGAAUGUUAGGUGAUAACUUGAAUUCGCUGAUUCAGAAAAAGUUCCGAAUGGAAGAUCUGACUGUUUGGCUCGAAUCUCCGGAAGCUAGAAUGGAAGAGAAAGACGCAUUGAUGGAAGAGCGAAUAUCCGUUGAGAAAUCUGCCAUGGCAAAAGCAGCUGAUGCACGUGCUGCAAUCGCACGUGCGGCCGUAAGUGUGACGGAGUCGAGUUUGUUUGCCGCCGAAAUAGAGGCUGAGGCAGCGGAAGCGGAAGCUGUCUCCAGGAGAGCCUGGGAAACAGCGCAGAACGCAAAAAGAGACGUCGAAGAGGCAGAGAAGGCGGCGGUAGAAAAACGUAAAGCCGAGGAAGAGGCGAGAAAGCGUGCCGAGGAACGAGCACAGAAGAAGGCGGAGGAAGAGAGGCUUCGCCAGGCCGAGGAAAACGAGAGACUCAAGGAGGAAGCAGAUAAGAAGGGAACAUCGUUUGAAGACGAAAAGCGACGAUUUCAGGAAGAGAAGGCCAGAAAAGAGGCGGAGAGAAAAAAUCCGAAAAACUGGCCUCGAUAUAUUUACAGCGUGGAUUCUUCGACUAUCGAGGCAGGGGUACCAGGUUGCGUCAUUCGAGCGAUCGAGGGCAGUAUGAAGCGUGAUGACGUCACAGUUAAGGCGGUGGAUCAGCUGACCGGCGUUCUGACGUUAGUGGAGAACGAAGAACUGGUCAGUAACAUCGUGUCCAUCACCCCCAGCGACCCAGAGAGAAAGUUCCAGUUUGAAGAGCCGGUAUCGGUGGCUAUCCCCCACUGUCUACAGAGGAACAUCCCGGGCCGUGAACCAGUCAUCAAACAACUCCAACCCACAGGAAAGUGGGCGGAGCUACCCACCAACGAUAUUGUCAUCGAGGACAUGAGGGAGAUGAAGUUUGUCGAAAUAAGAGUCAAGCGUUUCGGUGUGUUCGCCGUUGUGCUGAGGAUUAAGAAGGACACGCUGACAUUUUUACGGAGAGGAAACAAAGUUAACUCCUCAGUUGACGCCCGUAUCUCCUUCACAUGUAAACCAGGGAUGGUCAAAAACAACGUCUGCUUUACUAGUGAGGUUCAAGCGCUCGAUGUUAACACGGUUACAGAACUAAACAAACGCUACCCAACUGAAUGUGGAAGUCUCCUGUCCUCUAGUCCAAUUGUUCGAUUCCAAAUACCCAACCGUAAAUUUGCCAAACCCUUAACCUUCACGCUUCCGCUACCUCCCAAUUCCACCAAACUGAAGAGACCACAAAGUGUCGCCCCGGGGUCAUUGAGCAAGGACAAGGGCGAACAAAGGGAGCAGGCGGCCGCGCGGCCAUUGUCCAGCAUUGGAUUCUCCACAAAAGAAGAUGAACCGGAAGAGGAAAUGCAUUUGCUUGUACGAGAAGACAGGGGGCCAUGGACGAUACAGCCUAACGUGGAACUGUUCCAACCCAAAAAUAAGGAUAUUGUUACAUUUGAUAUAAAGGAACCCCAUGACAGGUUUAUCAUUUUACGAACAAAGCAAGGAAUAUCGCCGUUAUCUGUUGAAAAAAUGGCGUCUCAUGUUGAGAGGGCAAUACAUCACAGGACGAUGCAAGUCGUUCUGCGACAAAAGAGCGAUGAUCCUAACGAGGUCGUCAUUGUCUGUUGUCCAGCCAGCAGAACGGACAAAACCAUUAAAAUUCUAGGCGAGGAGGGAUUCGAUGAAGGACCCCCACCAAGCAAGGACAUCAUUGUUAAAGAGGGACAAAUCUUGGACAUCAUGUUCAGAGGAAAUAUUCGUUGUGAUGACGCGGAGAAGAUCAGCAUAGUUUUUAACACAUUCAUUCGUGGAAGAACAGAGUUUAAUGUUGAGGAAAUAGAUAAAUUCGCUCAAAAGAGUUUUUCGUUUUAUCGAGGUUUCGUUCAGGUGUUUACGACUGUGCAUGUUCAAAGGCCGGUGGUGGGGACGGAUAAGACAAAGGCCCCGCAGAAACCAGGUGCUAUGGAGGUUGUGGAAGAAAAUGUACUUCUGACAGAACUUCUUAUAAGUAUUCCAAAGCCUGAACCAGAGCCACCCAAGCCUCUCGCAACGGCCCCAAUCAAAGUCACAGCAGAGGGUCCAAACAAAGAGGACAUACUUCAGUAUGUGGCGAGUGAGUUAGGAGAUGAAUGGAAAAAGCUGGCACAGUAUCUGUCCCUCAAGUCGGUCCGGAUCCAAGCUAUUUUGAGACAGAACAACCAAAACCCAGAGCCAAAGAAGAUCCGAUAUGACAUGUUAGUGACCUGGGCUAAACGGGUUCCUCGCUGUCUCAAUAAGUUGGAGAUUUUGGCGCAGGCGCUGUCAGCCUGUGGACGAGGGGACCUUGCAAUUGAUCUGAGGGAGCGAGACGAGGAGUUCCGAAGGCGCCGAGCUCUGGCCUUUAGAGACAGUUACCUCAGACGGGCUUUCGUCAAAAUUGCCCAAAAUCCAGAGGCAGUGAAAGGUUGGAAAACAUUGGCUACACGGUUAGGCGUAUCAGAGGAUGACGUAACAGAAAUCGACCAAUCCGCGCCAUCGGUACAACAGAAAUGCUUUUCCAGCCUCCAGAGGUGGCAGAGAUCGGCUGGAGAGGAGGCUACCUUACCAAUCCUGUCAGAAAAACUGAGAGUCUGUAGAUACAGACAGUUAGCCAGGGAUAUUGAAACGAUUGCAUGAAAGAAAGGACUGCUGCUGCUGCUUCAUUAGCCUAAAUGUUUAAUUCAUAGUUUUCAUUUUUCCGAACUUCAUCUAGCUUAUAUAGAAAAGGUUUGCAUAUCUGUUGGUACUAUAUAGCUGAGCCCCGAUAGUGUGUGAUAUUACAAUUUUAUCGUUACCGCUUUUGGUUCUAUACACGUUUACAUGUAGUCUUUUUAUAUCCUGUUUCAAAAGUUAGAAUAGUUAGAUACAUGUAUUAAAUAAAUAUAGCUUUUUAUUCAAUUCCGUAAAUAUUAUUGACAAACAUUUAUUUUGAACAAUGUCGUUUUUACAAAAUGGUGCACAUUUUUGUGAUUAUCAGAGCUAUGAUCUGUGAUAUUUAUAAAUUCGUAAUAAAUUUUAUUUCUUUAA